CGAGCCACUACUCCACACCACCGGCGCAGCACACAUCUCCAUCACACACACCAGACAACACCUGACAGCUAGUGAGAGCGAGAGUGAAGACUAGCCCAGCGACGGCCAUGGCGAUGAAGAAGAACCCGAGCGUGGCUGUGGUGGCUCUGAUGCUGGCGCUGGUGGUGCUCGCCGCUGCGCCGGGCGGGGCGCGCGCGGCGUGCGACGCGUCGCAGCUGGCGGUGUGCGUGUCAGCGAUCACCGGCGGGGCGCCGCCGACCACCGUGUGCUGCGCGAACCUCAAGGCGCAGCAGGGGUGCUUCUGCCAGUACGCCAAGGAUCCGGCCUACGGCCGCUACAUCAAGAGCCCCAACGCCCGGAAGACACUCGAGUCCUGCCACCUCGCCGUCCCAACCUGCUAGGCGCCUGCAGCUAGCUCUGUCCGUGAGACCAUGAGAGAGAGAGAGACUAGCUAGCUUAGCUGAGCGAGUGAGUGAGCGCGUGCGUACUCGGGUCGCUUGUGGCACGUAUGCUCCUAUUAUUGCCUAUUGUUGGAAUAAAAUGAUGGUUUGCUC